AAAAUCUGAACUGAAAGGAACGCAUAUUUAUGAAAAUAGUAAACAAAACAAAUCGGUAUUGGUGUGUUUUAGAAGUUUAAAUACACUUUUAGCUUAAAAAAAAGCAACUUAAAAUAAUGUCUUGUGACUUUUCAUAGCUUAUAUUUAUAUUAUAUAUCAUUUUUAAGACUGUAAUUCAUAUUGAGUUUCAAAUUUCCUUUAUAAAGCUUUACCAUGGCUAUAUUUUGUAAAGGACUUAGAAGUGUCUUUCACCAAUCAAGAAAUCAAUAUUUGCCAUUUUAUCGUUAUUUGAGACAGAAUAAAAUCUCUCAACAAUCUCUACUAGUGAAACCUAAGCCAUCAGAAGUGCCUUCUGAAAUUGAAAUGCCUGACCCCCUCGACCAUCCAGACUUCUUUGAAGUUCAGAACCUCUUCACUGUAAAAGAUUUGUUUGAUGCUAGGGUACAUUAUGGUCAUACUAUGGGUACACUCAAUGAACAUAUGAGACAAUUUAUUUUGGGAUCUAGACAAGGAACUCUUAUAUUUGAUUUAGAUCAGACUGCUGAACUUCUUAGAGAUGCAUUAAAUUUUAUUGCCCACAUUGCCUUUAGAGGUGGCAUUAUAUUAUUUGUGGCAAGAUAUAAACAGAACUCAUAUAUAAUUGAGAAGACCGCUUUGGAAUGUGGAGAGUUUUGUCACACACGCAACUGGUUCAUGGGAACAUUUACAGAUCCCCAAAGAUUUGGUAUGAUGACUCGCUUGCCUGACCUUACAAUUUUCCUAAACACACUGGACAGUGUUUUUGAAAUUCACAAUGGAGUAUUAGAAUCUAAUAAGCUUCUUAUUCCAUCGGUUGGCAUUGUUGACACAAACUGUUUUCCUAAUUACAUAACAUACCCUGUUCCAGGUAAUGAUGACUCACCACAGUCAACUGAACUUUACUGUAAACUCUUCAAAGAAGCUAUACUUCGUGGAAAAACUAAAAGAAAAGAGUUCAUUGAAAAGUAUUGUAAGCAAUCAUGAAAAAUUUAACAUUUUAAUUUGCAUUUGUAAAUUUAUAUUAUGUUUCUGUUAGUAAAUGUUUAUACAUUAA